AUGACUUCCAGACUACACCAUGCAUUUACACCUUUUAGCAACGGUGGAUCGAAUCCACUUAUGUUGGAUGGAGAAGACAAGGACAUUGAUGAUUCCAAAGAUGAACGGCGGCAAUUGAUUGAAUUGUUCCAAACCUAUGCUGAUAUGUAUCCAAACCCCCGUUUGGUUGAAGAGUAUCGCUUAAGGGAUACACUACUACAAGCUGCUUCGGCGGCUAGCGUUGCUAGCGCGAGUGAGAAGAAACAGCAAGCAAAAGAUCGUGGUUUCUUCAGUCGCUGGUGGUUUGGAGAUGACGAUGUCAAAAGUGAAGAAAAGGAAGAGGAAUCUGGCUCAUUCGAGGGAAACGCAAAUGUCAUCAGCGAGGAUCCCUUGGUUUACCUGGACGCCGAUGUCGAAACUGAGGACGAAACCCUAUGUGGAACAAUGCAUGGCCUUGACCUAGAAUGUAUUCCAACUGAAGUAUACAGUCUUGCCAGGUUUCACUUGGCAUCAACUCGAACUCGUCACAACAAGGCGAAUGUUUUUCGAGAAGGAGUUACCUUUUCUUCUUCUACGCGUUCCCUGGUGGUGGUUGGCCUUGGGCAGAUUGCAGAACUCUCGACACAACAAGAACCUUGUCUGUCAAAGACAUCAGAUCGCGACAUGCUCGCGGCGUAUGCUGACGCAAAAGAGCAAUUCUCUCUUUCGUAUGUUCGAGCAACAGUUAUUACAGAUAAUUGUAUCGCCGUGUCUUGGGGAUUCCUUGAUGGAAUAGUUGUUAUCUAUCGUCGCGUACAAAACGCAACGUCGUCCAUCGGAUGGGAAACUGUUUGGAUACUGGGACCAUCAAAUGGACUCCUCGAGAACAUUCGUGGACGUGAAUUCUUCCAUGACGACGAGAACCAUCCAAGUUCACCAAUGUUGCGUGUCAGCGAUUGCUUGCCGCUUCAAGUUGAGACAGGAAAGCUGUCCGAACCGACCACUAUAAUUUUGGUAUUGGCACGGUUGGGGGGUUACAUUGAAUUGAUUCCAUUGCCGCAGGGCGUUUGGGAUGGGCCUGCUCUUGGUGAACAAAACACAAAAAAUGCCUCAAAAGUUGGAUUGCGAAACACGAUAGCACAUUACACUAGUGGUCGCAAAAUCGAGUCCCCUCCAAACGCUUUAGCAUUAACCACAUCACAAUGUCAUAUUGAUGUUUUGUCAUUGCAUGCGCUACGAACAUCUGCUUCUUUUGGCAGCAAUUGGAACAUUGAUGCUUUUCCGGAUUCACCCCCUUCGGAACACAUCAUUUGUGCCUCAGGUAUGAAUGAAGAUGGAUUAGAAGUCGUUUCUUUCUGGGCUAUGAGUGCAAUUUUUUCCGAGGCCCAGGAUCGACACUUCGGGAUUGGCACCCAGCUACAUUCAUCAUUGAUCGAAGCAAUUACAACUAGGACAGGUGCCGACAUCUCUUUCUUCGCAACAGCGGGUAUUAUGAAACGAUGGAGAAAACCAAAAUCUAUUGUCAUUCGAGAAGGCAGAAAGUUCAACAGAUUACCUGUCGCCGACUUGAAGAUUCAAUCGGCUUUCCAAGAAUGCACCACAACAAUAUCAAUUACUGCUCCGAUUGUGAAGCUUGAAUUGAAUGUGCGCAAAAAUCCAGACCAUGGAGCAUGGCUCACGUUCAUGGACUGGAAUGGUGGAGUAGAGAUCUUGGAUUGUGAGUUGAUCGAGCGCUUUGCCGCACAGUCGGCUAGCUCUGAAGAGUUCAACAAGUACCAAAAUGCAGACCCUUCUGUUUCACUUGCAACGACAAUUGCUGGACGAAAUCAAAUUGCAAAUAUUCUCAAUAAGAUUAGUGCUGCGUCAACCAAAGCUUCUUUGCAGCAAUCAACAAUUGAAGUUUGCGACAUCAAAUGGGCCUCACCGGUUGAUUUGCAACUUCAAAAUGUUGACUAUCCCUUCUUGAUUCUUUUCGUGAAGACGGUUGGAAAUUCUGCCGUGGUUGCUCUUUCAGCAAAGUUAUCCCUAAAAUUUGUUGCAUUGACUGGAAACGGUGAAGCAAUCAAGCUGUGUUGCACAAAUAGUCUUACUUUGAUUGCAACGAAGAAUGGGAGAAAAAGGAAGGGAAUGAGACACUUUGCUUUGCAAGUUUUCCAAUCACAGGAAAAGAUAGGUACAAAGCGAUUUGACAAUGACUUCCACUCAAAGUCUGGGCGAGCAAAUCAAGCUAUCAAUUCUCUUGCGACAAAUGAAGACCCAUCGAUAAUUGUUUCUGAAGUUUUGUCAAUUGUUAGAGAUGGUGCUACGGAAGGAACAAUGACAGUUGAAUACUUGCGCAAAAUUUGUCACCAUGCCAUUUGCAGAGGAGGGAACGUGAGGGAGAUGGAAAACCAGGUGCAGGAAAUAAUGUCUUUUCUCGUGAAACUUGGAACGUUUCAACUCGUCUGUGAGCACUUGUCCACCGAACCAUCACUUAUUCAAUUCUGGGAGAAAUUCCAAAAUGUGUCGAUUCCAGUUAUUGCAAAGAGGUUUGCAGCGCGAGCAGAUAUAUGUGCUCUUACAAUUAUCACUUAUCGGCACCGAGUCAAGUUGGACGACUACAUCAGAGUCCUGGAUAGCAUCCCCCUCCCUACUGAUCCAACUUUAUUCGCUCACUUGAUUCCUACCUUUAGGCAGGAUACAAUAGGGCGUAGUUUUCUUUUUGCUGAUGAUGCAGAUCACAUUGUCACUGCAAAUUGGUCAAACCUGCCUUCUUUUGCGCUACAAACCUAUGGAAUACAACUGUUUUUGGAUCAUGAUGACAAUGAUAAUGUUCUCAAGGGAUUCUUGGAUGGCCAAGAUGUCACAACAGACGAUGCAGCAGUGUUUUGGAUGUGGUUGUUUGCACGAGCAGCAUUCAUGCAAUCUUUUAUUGGCAAUGUGAAACACACCAUCUUGCUCCUCAAACUAGGGGUGCAAAGCAAAAGUCACUCAAUGUCGCACGAAUUUGAAGAGACUGUGGGCUCCAUUCAAUCAAAUCUUCUUUAUUCAUCACUUAUGAGCUUCAUCAUUGAAGUUGGCAAGUUUAUGGUUGAUGGUAAAGAGAUCAUUAACAGACUUAGCAGUGAUGAUCUGAUUGCAAUGAAAGCGCAGGAAAUUGUUGAAAUAACUCUCAGGGGGGAGAUUUGCCCAGCAAAAGUUGUUGACAAAUGUUUCAGAUUUCUCAGGCCUUUGGCAAAGAGUAUGACUCACGGAAAGAUUGCUGUUUUUGAUCUUGACAACGCAAUAUCUUCGUUCUGCAUUGGGCUUGUUGAGAAAUAUUGCGCCAAUCCUUUGAAAAAACCACAAACAAAACAAUGGUUUCAUGGCUUUCUUUGCAGCGUCUUUGUCAGCCUUGCUGUUGCGGAGGACAGCAGGACUUCAAAACCUCGGGACAUGCGUAUCAUCAGAGAAAAGAUGGAGCUCCUACGCAUGGUGAAAUCAAUUUUAGUGGUAUCGGCGCUCACUUUCUGUAAUCUCAACGUCACUCAGGAAUCAUGCAAUUUGUUUCUCAACACCUUCUGGCAGCUUUGCGAGACUCUUCCUGCACCUAUGCCAUGUCGCUCAACAAGUGAACACGAAUACGACACAGACACUCUGUUUUGCUCCAACGCUUUGCUGGGAUUUGAAAUCUUCUUGCAGUGGCCUGGAUGUUUUCCAUUUUGUUUUCUCUCAAAGUUUUGCCAGGUCCACCCAAACUGCAACAUGGAAGAGUUUGGAAUUCCUUUUAUUAUAGAAUUGUGCGACUCAUUCUGUGCGCAAGUCAAAAAGCGUCCUUCUCAGGAAGACCUCAACAUGCUCUUGAGUGACCUCUUGGAGGAUGUGACGAAGCUCAACAUGCUUUGUUUUCAAGGUUCAAUCAACCUUCCCUUUAUUUUGACGAAGUAUCUGGUUCCACUUCUUCUCAAGCUUGAGGCUUUUGAAGUGGUGAUGAGACUGGUAGAGCACCAUCCAAAUUUCAUUGAACACUCUGGUGUAGAGCUUGAAAUGCUAAAAUUGAUAGAAGAUGAGAACUUGGUUGAGGAAGAAGGCUCCGCCCGGAAAGUCUUGUGGUUUCAAGAUCAUGCAAAUGAGAUCAAAAUGAUAUUCCCUGACAUUGUCCUUGUAUUGGACCCAUUGGAUAGAUGCAUCAAGGCGUGCAAUUUCAUCAACUCGUUCAUUUUUCAGGGCUCUGCUGAUGUAGAGCCAAUGACACCAAUCAAGAUGAAGUAUGUGCUUCCGUUUGACCUUGUUGAUUGUAUUCUUGAGGUGGUACCCGAAAGUGUGUGUUACGGAUGUCCUCAAUGGGUGAAGCCGAUCCAUUUUAGUGGGCAAUUGUUGCAAUAUGGUAAACACUACACCAAUGGGGAACUGGAGAAUGAUCCUAAACAGGUGGGCGAAGCUAUUUUAUAUCUUGCUGCUAUACUAGGAUGCACCGACUUUUAUUCAACAGCUUUGGUUAAGUGCAAAGUGGUCGAAGUCGCUGUUAAGGAGGGGCUGCAAGAAGCAGCUGUCAGACUUUGUCAAACUUUGAUUCGUGAGUGGCAAAUCACCUCUGUCAAGAACUACGCCACCACUGUUGGAAUUGCAGGUGCGAUCCAUGAUUCAUCAAUGGACAAGUCUUUUGGGAACAGUCUAGCCAGGUGGGAGCUUUGUCAGACAUUCAUCAGGGAAAUGUAUUGCUUGACAGGACUGUUGUGUUCCAGAUCAGUGCUCUCAAUUGUGUCCCUAUGUGCAUCCCUUGAUUUGGAAUGCACAUGCUUUGCUUCCGAUCAGCAGCAUAUGCACUCAAGUCAAGAAGAAUCCCUAGUGUUGCCUUCAUUGCUUGCAGAUGGUUCUCAGUGCCCAGAGCAACAAUCCAGUCUGAGCAUGCUCCUCCGUGAUUUUCACUUGUAUGUCUCACUGGGAAAAAUCCAAGAUUAUACGACAACUACGCUUUGCAUGAGGCUAAUCGACAUCUAUAUCACGACCUUGAAAACGAAAACUAGAUUGCUUGAAAGACUAUUUUCUUACCAAAUCAUAUUUCUUGGUUGCGUCUUGGGGCUUCAUACAUCAGGUAGUGCUGCACUGGUAGCACUAAUCCAUGGCCUGCUUGAAUCUGUGGACACAGAGUUGCACUAUCGGCAUGAAGACAAUUGCGAUACAAGGUCAACUUUCAUUUACAGUCCCAAUUCUGAAGUAGUCAACAAUUUGACCAAACAAGGCUAUAGCAAAUGUGCAGCUGCUCGAGCAACAAUCAUGAGCCAAAACAAAGGCUACAGUGCAGCGCAAGAAUGGGCAAUAGCUCAUUCGUUGCAAACAAAAUCUAAUCAGCCAUUUCUGAGCAUCCAAUCUUCAACAAAGGCAAGCAGUGCUGACGAGCCUAUUCAGACCUUGAGAAAAGUGUUGGAAAAGUUGGAAUAUUUUGGCGCCAGUGGCAAAGCUGAGUUCUUGCUUCUGCAUAAUCCUCAAGCCCGUCCUUCCACAGAAAUCCACUCAAAACCUCAAAGUUUUGUGAGGAAGCAGGCCAUGAAUGAUGAAAGCACAGCAGUGGACAGCAGAGUUCGGGGGGGAGCUCAAAGCAAUAGAAACUUCCAAAGUGAUUUGAUGUGGCAGCAUGAAUGCAGUCACAAGGAAUUGUCUGCUCACAAUAGCCAUCGAACAGGUGUUUGCAACAAGGAAGGAAGUAUUCUACAUGUAGAACGCUCAGAUUGUCGACAAUCAUUGGCACCGGGAGCACUCUUGUCGGGUCAGAGCACAUCAGAAUUGCGAGUUCUAGAAACUGGGCAACAGCAGGUUUCUGAAAGAGUUGCCAACAGAGAUAAUGGUGCAACAUGUGAUAUUGCACGAGCUCAACUGAUAGAAGAAGGUCGAUUGCUGCUUCAAAAGACCAUGAGAAAGAAGCGGUCCAAAGCAUUGUCAACAACUUGGUCCACGCAGUAG